UCGACUAUUUUUCAAUAUGUUUCACCAAACGUUGGCGCAUUGUCUUAUAAAAGCCUGGGAAUUGUUCUUUUUUAAUGAAGAUGAAUGAAGACUUGCCAGGGGUGCCCUACGUAGUUCUACAUGUUCUACCAGUUUGUUCGUGACCCAUCCUCGGCUGGGGGGGAUUCCUUUGGGGUCCUUUUGCCGGCUUUGGUAUUCGGCCAACAGGAUGCGCUGGGGACUUUCUCAUGCCGGCCGGAUUUGGUGUCCUACAACGCGGGCGUCAGCGCUAUGGCUCGGAGCGGUGCUUGGAUCCUUUCGUUCGAGUGACUUGGACCGUGCACCGCAGGACGGGUUGGAGGCGGACGAAAUCACCUGGAGUGCGACCAUCACCUCUGCGGAGAAGGGUCACCAAUGGUCCUUGGCGUUCCUCCUGCUUGCAGAGCUGCUCAUGAAGUCCUUCCAGCUCAGUUUGAUCGCCUGUGACGCCACCAUCUCGGCUUGCGAGAAGUGUGGACAGUGGGAAGAGGCCCUUGCGGUCCUAGCAUCUUGUCCUUGGGAGGGCUGA